AUUUGGUAUUGCUGGAUGGUUUGGGGAAGACGCUGGUCCGUUGUUCUGCUUCCAAUAUUUUUGCUAGUUUCCGCGAUCGGUAUGUACCCAACCUUUUAUGCAGGAUCCAAAAUCAUGGAAAUAUAUUAUGAAUACUUCAAUGUGUUCGGAUCCAUGGACGUAUUCCUUGUGCUCUAUAUAUCCUUCACCCUGGCGACGACAUUGUCAUGCACCUUGCUUAUCAUUUACCGCAUCGUUACUGUCGCUGGCGUUAGGCGUGGAGCAGAUGGCAGACUGAGAGUUUAUCGCCGUUUCAUUGAAGUUCUUGUCGAAUCCUCAACUUUCUAUUCAAUAUCUCUGAUCUUAUUUUUGGCUUUCUCCAUCCGUGACAGUUGGGAACUGUACUACUUUGAUGUCAUAGCUGGUAUCGCGAAGGGAAUUGCUCCAACGCUUCUCGUAGGACGCAUCACGGCCGGACAUCGGGCCCACCCAGACGAUUCCUGGCAAGGAAGCGUGAUCGCGUCAGGCUCGAUUAGGUCUCAGUUGCAAGGUCGCAAUCGGACGAGCUUCCAGCACGACCUGACGAGUUCAAUGUUUGAUGGUGACCUCGAGGCCCAGCGUGAGAUUUCUGUCAGGGUGAGUUGA